GCCCGUGGACGAGAUGUGCCGCCUGGCCUCACGCCGCCUCCUCGAACUCGACGACAUAGUGGGCGAGGUCGUGGCCUAUGGGGGACCCGCUGCCGGCAUGAUAUUACUCUGCAGCGCCGUGAAUUCCACCGUCAUGAUGUACCUCGCUAUCUCCAAGUUCAACUACUACUACCUGGCGUUCAUUACCCUCAAGGUGCUCAGCGUCGUGCAGGUGACCUUCGUACCGGACACUGUGUUAUGCAAGAGAGAGGAGAGUCUGAGGCUUAUCCGGCGACAACUCGCCUGUAACCUGCAUUGCCCUGCCGUCGAGGCGGCGCUGAAGGACGUGGAGAAGGUGGUGGCGGGCAGCACGACCUUCCGCGUGUGUCGUCUGUUCACCCUCGACCGUCACAUCAUCCUUUCGGUGGCCAGCUCGGUGGUGACGUACCUGGUCAUUGCCCUGCAGUUUGGGGUUUCCGAGAUUCCUGGACGCCGCUCCCAAGCCGCCGUCAACUGCUCCGCCACGUGACUGCCAUACGUCUCUCCGUCUGGUGGAAACGCUCAUAAGGAAGAAUAAGUUAUUUAUCUCCAUGGACAGCCGCUCACAUAAAGGAAAACUACUUAUUUGCCACUCCACUCGGAAGCAAACUAAUACCAUAAGUAAAAGGGUCAAGAAGUAAUGAGCCGGCAGAUGCGGAAUGUCCCAAAAAUUACUUGCUGGACAAGUGAAAUGUUUCUUGGCUUAUCAGUAAAAUGGAGGCCUCCCCAUCACACUGUUCGCACUGGCGCAGGAUCAGCAGAUCUUCACCCAGACAAAAUGGAUUGUUAAUGCAUUUACAGAUUAACAUUAUAUCAAUUUAUCAUGUGUUUUAAGUAGUGAUAAGGCCCAUUACACUGGUGGCAGAGGUGGAAUUUUUCAAAAAUUGUCAGUACAAAUGCCUAACACGGGCGUUACAUUGGUGGCAGAGAUGUGAUCCUGUAUAGGCCCAGUUACGGUUCCCUGGGGUGCAGUGAUGGCCUACGUUUUCUUGGGAGCUGUUAAGCAGA